AUGAUAACACCUGCCAAUAUUACCGUUGAAUCCCUCCCCACUCUCUUGGCCGACGACAUCAAGGUCAAGGUUGCAGGCAUUGACAGUGAUGGCGUCCUCCGUGGCAAGGUCAUGGCCAAGGAGAAGUUCCUCGGCAUCGCAGAAAAGGGGUUCGGCUUCAGCUCUGCUCUUUUCGGUUGGGAUAUGCAUGAUAUGCUGUGGACAACUGACGCACGCGUUGCGCCCCCAGAGUCAGGAUAUGCGGAUUUCCUCGCUAUUCCUGACCUGAACUCCUUCCGUCGUCUACCUUGGGAGGAGAAUAUUCCAUUCUUCCUUGUGCGAUUCCUCAAUGAUACUGAUCCAGUCUUGGCUGAUGGCCGGAGUAUGUUGAGAAGUUUAUGUGAUCGGCUUGGUGGAGAGGGAAUUCAGGCUCUAGCUGGAGUUGAGCUCGAGUUCAUGAACUUUCAAACUCCCUCCGAAGACGGAUACGGCAGCGCCGGUUCCAACCACCCCAAUCUGGCUUCCUUCCUCGAGAAGAACGCCCCCAGUGCGCUCCGACCUAUCACGGCUGGCAUGUUCUGCUACAGCUCGACGCGUCCUGUGGCCAACAAGAAAUACUUUUAUGAUAUUUUCAACACUGCUGCCCAGAUCAACUGCGGUAUUGAAGGAUGGCACACUGAGGGCGGGCCCGGUGUGUACGAAGCUGCCCUGAAAGUUACUGAGAUUAGUGAGAUGGCCGACAAGGUCGCAAUGUUCAAGCUUCUCACUAAGUCGUUGGGAAUGGACCACGGAGUCACACCUUGCUUCAUGGCCAAGCCUAUGCAUGGCAUGCCUGGAAGCUCAGGACACAUCCACAUUUCGCUCGCCGACAAGCAGGGCAAGAACCUCUUUGCGCGCGAAACUCCCGAGGAGAACCCUCAAUGGUCAGACAUUGCCCACCUCUCCGACACAGGACGCCACUUCCUCGCGGGACUUCUAGAUGCCCUCCCAGAUAUCAUGCCUCUAUUUGCUCCUACCGUCAACUCCUACAAGCGUCUGGUCGAGAAUUACUGGGCGCCGGUUUACAUCAGCUGGGGACUCGAGGACCGAAUUGCCUCUAUUCGUCUGAUCACACCACCCGUCUGCAAGCCCGGUGCCACCCGAUUCGAAAUCCGUAUCCCUGGUGCCGACUUACAUCCUCAUUACGCUCUUAGUGUCAUCCUCGCAGCUGGCUGGAGGGGUGUGCAGAAGAAGCUUGAAAUUAAAGUCCCGCCCAUGUCAGCACGAAAGGCAGGCGACUCUCGUCCAGAGCUAUUGCCCAACACUUUAGACAAGGCUUUGGAUCGUUUCUCGGCUCCUAACAGUAUCGCGCGUGAGCUUUUGGAUUCCGAAUUUGUAGAUUUCUUCACUGCUACGAGACAACAUGAGUUGGGUCAGUGGAGGGAGGCUGUGACUGAUUGGGAGAUCAAGCGGUACAUUGAAAUAGUUUAA